UCAUCAGCGAUGCUCCACGACUUCACUUACAGUUCUGUGUGUCAUGAGAAGCUUUUAUAUUUAUUACAGAACUAAAUCUCUUUAUUACAGUUUACUUACUUUAAUGUUUCUUUUGAGAGAAUUUAAAUCCUGGCUGCAGACAGAAGGAGACUCACCUGGAUAAGGAGUCAGGAGGAUAAUCAGAUAGUCUUAAUCAGCACCAUCAUCAUCAUCAUCAUCAUCAUCAUCUUCACCAAAAUUGGAUCUUUUUACGCAGGAGGUCAGAGUGAUUCAUAUCCGGGUCAUGCCAGGUGAAGGCGCGCGCGCUGGCGGAGCGGAUCAGCCCAAAGCUCCGGCCGCGCACUUUGACGAAGUUUUAUCCUCGUUCCCUGUUGACGGAGCCGCCUCGAGCUCGAGCCCCGCGUACUUUAUCCCGUCCAACACCAGCCAGGAUAUCUCGAGCCCGAGUCCGGCUCACUUCCUGCCCUACCCAGCCCGGAGCGGCCCAGGUGUUUCCAGGUGUGCAGCAUCUCUCCAUUACGGCUUCUCCUCUCCAUCCUCUUCCUCCUCAUCUUCCUCUUCAUCCUCAACAUCGCACGCGGCGUUCGGAGCCGCUUAUCAUCAGUUCACGCACGGAUCCGCGAACCUGUACACUCCUGCAUACGACGGCGCGGAUCUGUGCGCGCGCGGGGACCGGAGAGCUCAGGUGUACCUCUGUAACCGCGCGCUCUGGCUCAAAUUCCACCGACAUCAGACCGAGAUGAUCAUCACCAAGCAGGGCAGGAGGAUGUUUCCCUUCCUGAGUUUCAGUAUUUCAGGUCUGAGUGUUUCCUCUCACUAUAAUGUGUAUGUGGAGAUCACACUCGCUGAUCCUAAUCACUGGAGAUUUCAGGGAGGAAAAUGGGUGACAUGCGGCAAAGCUGAUAACAACCUGCAGGGGAAUAAGAUUUAUAUUCACCCUGAAUCUCCGAACACUGGAGCACACUGGAUGCGGCAGGAAAUUUCAUUUGGCAAACUGAAACUGACCAACAAUAAAGGCGCAAACAACAGUAACACACAGAUGAUCGUCCUGCAGUCGCUGCAUAAAUAUCAGCCACGGCUUCACAUCGCUGAGGUUCCUGCUGAUGGUCUGGACUCUGAGAGAGAGACACGCACACAGACAUUUGUCUUCCCUGAGAGCCAGUUCAUCGCUGUCACUGCAUAUCAGAACACUGAUAUCACACAGUUGAAGAUCGACCACAAUCCAUUCGCCAAAGGAUUUAGAGACAACUACGACUCGAUGUACACGGCUCCUGAGGGUGAAAGGUUAACUCCGCCCCCUGCUGAUUCCCCGCGCACUCACCAGCUUGUCUCGAGUGCUCGCUACCCGGUGCAGCCGUUCCUGCAUGACCAGUUUGUGAACGCUUUGCCCCCAAGUCGUUUCUACAGCGCUGAGCGCACGCUGCAGCCUCCGGAGGAGUGUACUGCAUCCCACCGCUGGCUCGUGACCCCGGUGCAGCAGCCAUACGAGUCUGAGUUCCUGCCCUACGCCCUGAGCUCUCGUGCCCUUACCUGCUACUCUGAAUCCGCCUUUGCCUCUAUGGCCACUGGCUGGGGGUCAAAGGUCAGCUACCAGAACAAGAUACCUACCAGUUUGCCCUGGUCACCUCGGCCAAGUAACAACAAUAGUCAGGACAAAGUGCGUGAGGAUGACUGGGCGGAGUCUGUGGCAUACACCGCGGUGUGUAAACGCAGACGUGUGUCACGUGAUGAGUCCAGCACUGAAAACUCCCCACCAAUCAAGUGUGAGGAUUCACAAUCAGAUAACUAUGGAAAAGAUGUUUCGUCUGGCCAAAAGAGUGUGAGCUGCUGCGCCUUCUACACUGCCACCUAAACACACACAUACACACACACACAUACACACACGUGCACCAUAUUGCUGUGAAUUAAUAAGCCAGGAUAUUUUAGUUGAUUGUGAUUGGACAAAUUCUGAUAUUAUCACUCAGUAGGCACCUGAUUAGGCCUCAUUAUCACAGUCCCAAAAUAAACUCAAUUAGCUUCAACUCAGUUCAGCUGAGUCUAUAGUGUUGGCUUGUUAUAAGCUUCAUAUCAAUCUUAAUAAUGUCUUCAUUCACAAUGUAUUUUAAAUUGCAGUAAAAUACUAAUAAUCUCUUUUGAUUUACAAAGAAUUUUUUUAAAUAAUUCCGUGUGACAGAAGCCCCCUUUCACAUGCAUGAGCUCAAAGAUGCCCAUGAUUGGCUGUGAUUGACAGGUUUGCUCCUCCGUCCCAGAGAACACACACAGUUUUGCAUGUGAUAUGCGUUGACAUCAGAGAUGUUUGUGACAUCAUUGGGACUGAGAUUAGAGAGCUGAGUGGGUUAGGGAUGAACACUUUUCUGUUACAUGACAUCAUUCUUUCUCACACAAAUGCUAAGAAAAAGAAGAAAAUCUGUCACCAUUUCCCACAAGCUGAUUUUUUAGUACCUGCUAGGACCUGAAACCUGUGAGCAUUGUUUAAUGAUUUUCGCUCCCACACAGCUGAACAUUUAGUAUGUGUAAAAGUGUUCAGGUGUAGCAGAUCAAACCAGCAUACGGCAGCUGAUAGUGUAAUCACACGUGAUGUCGCGCUCAUCAAACGCAUUCUGUUUGAGGUUUAUUGUCCAAAAUAAUCACAAGCUGUUGCUCCUCUGUGGCUCUUAUUUUAGAUGGAUUUGAUGGCAAAAUUGUCUCUGUUUCCCUCAUCGUGUUAAAAUGAUGUCACAGAAUUCCAGCUUGGGGGAGAUUUUGGGGAUUAUGAGUCUUUCAGAUGGAUGAAUCCGAGUCUGAAACACUGAAUCAGUGACUCACUGGUCCUGCAGUUUACACUCAGAUAUGUGUUUAUAGAUUCAACAUCUUUAUGGAGGUAAAAUGAACGUCACUGACAUGUUCACCAUGUUAAUAAAUAAACAAAUACAUUUUAAUAAUUUAAAAGUCCUGAACACAGCGUUGAUGUGUAUUAAUAAUCAUGGUAUACUGUGUGUGCGAUAAUCCGAAUAAUCUUAAAUGUACUUCAACACCUAAUGAAUCAAAGCGUUUGGAUUUUAAACAAAAGAAUCCUGAUGCGUGUCCUGGCUCCAGGUUACCCAUAAUGCAUCAGUGUUAAAGGCGGUUCAGGUGUAACAGAGAUUGUGAAGUGACUCUGUGAUGGUGUGACUCUGUUGUGUUUAAUUGUGUAAGUAAAGUUUUUCAUGCCUUCUCAUGACUCA